AUGAGUCGUGAAGAGCGAAAAAUGGCGCAAAUUAUCGCCAGUAUCGAGCGCAUGGAACAGGAGGCACGAGCGUCGGGAGAUGACAGUUGCAGGACACAAGAGCCACAUGAUUGGACGAGACAGGGAGGAAAAGGGAAGAAGGGAAAGAAGGGAAAGCUGUUAGGUGUUAAGGCUAAAACAGGCAAGAAAUCGAAGGUCUCAGCUGGAGGAGAAGGGAUCAAGGCGACGUUUGAGCAGAAACUGACGCCGAAGCAGCGCUGGAUCCAACUCUGGAGCGCACAACUGGAUGUUACAAAGGAAAAGGACUGUGGCAGCUUAAAGGAGGGUGUAGGGGAGAAGAAGAGAGAAGAGAAUGUCGAGAUUGAGACGACUAAAGAGCCGGUCGACACCACGUCUUUUGUGGCAGACAAAGUGGAGUCUAGUGGACCACACCAAUCUGCGACAUUUGUUGCAGCUAAGGAAGAAAAGGAAGGAAGCGUGAUAGAUGAGCCAAUUGAUGUAUCGAUGGUGCCACUGGCCUUUGUUGCUCCUAAUGAUAAGGCAGUCCCUGUCUUGAUUCCGGUCAGUGCGAAGGAACAAUUUACAGAGGUAUCCAAGACAACGAUGACGGCGCCUAGAGAAAAUGAUGUGAUAGCUAUGGAAUCUUCUUCGUCAUUGGAAUUACGUGUGAAGACUCCGCUGAACAACGAGUCGUCGCACUUGUCUCCUCCAUUGGAGAGGAACAGUCCUACUACAACAGCAUCAAUUAGCCCAUCUGCAAAGGUUAAGGAUACAGAUGCGCCAAAUACCAACCCAACAGCAGCGGCCAAGUUUUCUCCCGCAGCAACGGAAAAGGAAGAUUCCAUCGCGGGUGAUACGCAGGAUUUAUCUGCAAAGGUACCUGCUGCUUUUAAGCUAGAGAGGGCGUGUAGUAGCAGCAACAGUGGGAGCAGGGGAGACGACGCCUACUCGAGGGUGACAUCAGAUUGCCAGAGUGACCGUGGUAGAAAACGCAACUGGGAAGACAUGGAGUCGCCCAUGUCUGAGGAGGCGAAACGGCGCGCGGAGCGGAGGAGAAAGCGAAAGUCUAAUUGGGAUGUAGGCGACCCUCGCAAGGGAGGAAGCCCUGUUGCUGAUCCCAUGAUCAGUGCCGCCGCCGCUGCGGCUAACCAACAGUCAUUCGCGAAGUACCCGCCUACUCGGCCAUCUUGGCGUCAUAGCCAAAGCAUGAUGGAAAUAAAGCCGCAGUUCCAGAGCAGCUACCGGUCUUCCAGUUUUUACAACAACGGUCCAACUGCAGGAGGAAGGCGAGCAUUUUAUCACUCGAGCUCACUACCUCAAGAUCGUUCCCGGAGUGCAGGACGCUCGUCAACGCGUCACAACUACGGAAACAGCAGCAGCGGUAGCAGCUACCGGUGA